CGCUACUACGCCAGUCUUCCUAGCACGUUUUUUCAACUAUCCGGAUAUUUAAUUUUAUUCACGCCAUUUGUUUUUCUGAUAUUAUUUCUUUGUUUUCUCGACUUGCAGUAACAAAAAGGCAACACUAUGAUGCCAAUAGCUGUUUUUAUGAUAACAACCAUCAUCAGUAUUAUCAGUGGCGGAGCCGACACGCAAACUAAUUUGCCAAGAGUCACUCCAAAAAUCUUAAAUGGAUGCCCAUCACUUGAAUCUGCGGUAUAUCAAGUAAGCGUGACAAAUUCGAAUACGACGUUGAAUGGUGGUUGUGCCUACAUCAACUACAAUUCUAGUGGCAAAAUGAGACAAUCAUUCAGCCUGUGGUUUACAAGUAUAGAAAAUGUCGAGCAACGUUGCCAAAAACAGGGGAUCGAAUAUUUGAAUUUUUACUGCCUGGAAAAAUCACUUUCGCCAACAGAAGACACCAACGAUGGACGUAUGAAGUACGAGUAUAUAGCGUUAUAUGAUGGAACACCUAACAAGACGGGAAACCCUGAUCACAGGUGUGCUUUGUACAAGACAGGCAAUGAAAGCUCCACUACAUUGCGGAUGGCGGUUAGCGAGAACGAUUCGUGUAAAGGCUUGUUAAACAUACUUUCCCACCCAAAGAUGAAGAUUCCCCAGUCUAAAAAUGGGUCCAUGUUGCUAUUUUUUAACAAGACUAGAGUCGAUAAGUUUGAAGCAACAACUCUGGCUGAUACGACGACUACUACUGAGUCAAUAGAAUCAAUAUCCAAGCGGUUCGAGAGACGGGGCUACAUCCUUCAAAAUUUUGGAAAUCGACCCAACCCAUUUCAUUCCAGAGGAAAAAGGUUAGUCUAUGUUUUAUCCCGUAUGGCCCGUAUCGCAUGUGGUUUUUGUCUUGUAUUGAUGGAACAACGACAUGCCUUAUCUUACAUAAUUGGUGGAGAUGGCGGAGAUGGCGGACGAGGUUCAGUCAUGUUUCUCCAUGGUUCACAGUUAGCUAUGAAUGAAAAAGAUGAUAGCACAAACACGGCCACAACAACCGAGGAUAAAAAUAGGUUACGUCAAUCAUUAGAAAUCAAGCACAUGCAAAUAAGACGCAGGCGCUCGGCAUCAAGUGUGAAGUCAACAUCUAAAACCGAUGUUCCAGUGUUGGCGGGCAUUAAUCCGUUUUCUUUAAUUCUUGUUAAUCGUGGGCACAAUAAUAAAACGGGUUCUAUAAAACCACUUGGCUUAUGGGACCAAAUUACGAAAUUAUUUAUAGAUUAA